UCUGAACUCUUCAGGGUAGCUAUGUCAGUUAUGACACUAGGUAACACAGAUAUAUAACUUGUAUAAAAUUCAGAAAAGUAUUAAUUCUGUUCUAAAGGACACAUAGCAAGGCUAUGCAUGCAAGACUUGCAAGAACACACACACACACACACACACACACACACACACACACACACACACAUUAUGUACAUAUGUAUCCAUCCCCUUCCUUCUCCUCCUUCCCAGAACAAUUAAGCAUACAUUGAAACCAAAUUGUAUACUGUUUUAAAGACAACCCCCCCCGAAACAUACAUUCAAACUAGUUUUAUAUUAUUUUGUAGAUGUCACCCACACAAGCACAUGCAUAUCUCUUUUUCAGUAUUAAGUUAUGUAAAACACAAACGCAUGCGCACACACAGCCUAACCUAAAGGAAAUCUAAUGAGGUAAUGAAUAAUACACGCAAGCAGGAAACAAGAUGCAAGCAUCUCAUUUACAGAGGGAUUUUACAAUAAAAAAACAUUUAACAGAGAAGCCAUAGCUUUGCAACUUCAUGUAGGGAGAGAGGGAGGCUGUUGUGGCCAGCAGUGUUAUCUGAAGAAGAUGUCCUCCUACAUUCACUCCAUAUAUCACUCCCCUCUUUUCCUGACUUGUUUUUCUAAAACUGCCAUCUUCUCCAUGUCCUCUUACUCAAAGAUGCAAUGAAAUAGGAAAGGACAUCAAAUAAAAUUAAAAAAAAUAAACAUCAACAUUUUUAACAUGGAAAAAAAAAGGCAUAGAAAUAAGCUCUGGCCUGAAUUUUAGUGCAAACUUUAACAACUGAUAAAUCUUCAUCUAGUGAAACAGCUUUGUGUCCAUUCUUUUUUAUCUCUCAUGCUUUAGUAUGGCCAAGAGUUUGUCAAACAAACUCUCCCAGUUUUAUAAGGCAUAAUCCCCCCCCCACACAUUGUUUUGUCUAACUUUCUAAUAUUUUUUCAGGAUGGCCUCAGAAAUAGUAAAUAACAUUAACAAAAGCAUUAGGAGGAUUAUAUACUUGGUGAUGUUCUGUGGCAGUACCUGCAAAGCAACAAUUACUUUGUUUCUUUUAUCGUCACAUGGAAGGGGCCUUGAAGAAUUAAUUUUCCUGUUCUUGUAUAACACUUUUACACAGACUGUAACCACAGAUACUUUAUGGUGGUAGAUACGACAAGGCAGUAGAUGACAGACCUGAGAAACUGCUAAAAACAGCGGCCCACCACCCAUAUACCUAAAGUACCCCUGAGCCACAGAUCUCCCCCAUUUUCUUAAAAUCUCGUCUUAAAUCAGCCCCUCUUCCACUUCAACUAUGCCUUUUUAAUUUUGCAAGAUUAAAAUUUGAUCAUUGGUGUUGCAUAACAGAUUUAUUUCGUAUUUGAUGUGUAUCAUUUUAUAAUGGAAAAACAGCUGACCGUUCUUUAAAGAUACCCUGUAAUCAAACUGCUUGAUUACAAGUAGCCAAUGAUGGCAAUCUUGGAAAGCCACAUGAUUAGUUUACAUUGGCAAUUUGUAUAGCGCAUGGAAUAUAUAUAAGUGACUAGACUGAAGUUCAACCAGGAAAAGGGAACUCUCUCUUCAAGACCACUCUGCAAGUGAAAUUAAACUUCUGAACUCGUCUUGUGAAAUUAAAAAUGAAUCCUCCGCCUGUCGUCUUUGUACAGCCCCAAUUUUCUGUGGCUACUGCACGAAGUAAUGUCUGGCAGACCGGGUUGAUGGACUGCUGCAGUGACUGUGGAGUCUGCCUAUGUGGAGUAUUCUGUUUCUGUUGUCUUGGAUGUCAAGUAGCAAGCGACAUGAAUGAAUGCUGCUUAUGUGCCGGAAGCGUUGCCAUGAGGACUCUCUACCGGACAAGAUACGGAAUCCCUGGAUCCAUCUGUUCUGAUUUCUGUACUACCCUCUGGUGUGGUUUAUGUUCUCUUUGUCAACUAAAGAGAGAUAUUAACCGAAGGAAGGAAAUGGGGAUAUUCUAGUAAGAUGUUCCUGUACUCGUUAGUUGUGAGGCCUAGAAUCUCCAUAAGCAAGAGUCUUCUCCUCUCCUGCUGUACUUACUGUUCAAGAAAGUGCUGUAUGCAUUGUAAUUUGAUUGUUGCAAAGCACGACUUAUCUGAAAUAAAUCAA